CUAAAAGUGGGGUUCUUCGGGCUACGCGAAGACUCAAACCGACGCAUUGACGCGACCUCGAUGCGUGUUAUCUUACGCAAUACGCAGUUCUCAGACGGGUUCGCUUGACACCAUCACAGUGCUGAACACAGUCCAUCUCGCGUCACGUCGACCAGUCUCGUUUCUUGUGCACCACUUUGCACCUUCUGUGAUGAUGGAACCACAGGCUCCAGCACCAGACUAUUCAGCGGCAGCCAAACGAUUUGGCUUGUUCCCUCCGAGCAAGCUCAAGCUCACGCGACCUCGAAAAAGCUCGCAGGAUGCGUACGUCACCGCGAAACGAGAUGCUGAACGACUGAGCAGGCAAGACGAGGUGACAGAAAGCGCUCAGCGACUUCUCAAUGCCAUCAUGCUGCACCAUGGUGGCAUCACAACGUGGUUGCUUUUCCACCGAGUCCAGUCUGCUUGUGCCACUGAAUCAUUCCAUCUCACCAACAAAGCCGAAUGUAAGGCCGAUAUCGAGUGCCAGCUUCAAGCGAGCACCAGAGAUCAGAUUGCGUUUGCGCGAGCGCUCAAGGACCACAUCAAAUCAAACCGAGAUCUAUCCAUACGGCUGGCCAACAGUGGAAAAUCCUACUACCAGAACCGAAAAUCCAAAAAGCAAAAGAAUCCUGACACCUCGGCUGGAGUAGAACGACCGACCGAAGCCAAUGUUCACGAUGAUACCGAGAGUCUUAUUGACAGCCCCAACCACAGGGCUAACGGCGGCGAGACCGAAGUCGACAGCGACAUGGGCACAGGCAGCUGUAGCGACGGCGGCGGUGUUGGCGAAGACGCCAGCGAAAGCGAUACCAAUAGCGAGAUCGACAGAUCAACUACCAAUGGUCCAAUGCCGACUAACAAUUUUGGGAAGCCGACGAUGAAAAAGGCUAGCGAACUGCUUAAAGGCUUGCUCCAGGAAGCGAUUCGUCGAAUCCCGUCAUCGAACAACGACGGAACUUACCUUGCGGCGUGGUCACUGCACUUCCCUCAGUCUGAGGAGCGGGGUUACUUUUGCUGCAUCUCGAGCUUAGAAAUGGCUGGCAUUAAAGCGUUGGAAGUAUUCCACUUAUUGUUUGGUGUCACUGUUGAGGAUGAAGACGGGGUACGGGGCGCCGUCAUUCCGACUGGUGUUAAGAUGAUCCCACAACCGAAAACACUUUACACCUGCUGCGACUACACGCUGCUUGAGAAGGUCUUCGCUGGCGACCUCCUUGAUGCGGUCACUCAAAGUCCGGGAUACAAGGACGAGCGCGAGCAGUGCCUGCCAAAAACCAUGACUGUGUCUGCCACAUUGAGCAACAAUCCGUCAGAUCCCUUGGUAUUGAACUCUACAUUUGACCUAUUGGCAGGCCUCCGGCUUAAGGAACGACUCUGGGGAACUGAUUAG